AUGUUCUUCACACUACUGGUCAUCACUUUCUUUAUUGCUUUGGCGGUGUCGUAUGGUGUGGUGCGACUCUUUGACCGGCCCAUAGCGUCAAUACUCCAUCGGAUCGUAGCGGACGAUUUGAGCGGGGCAUGGCACCGCUACAUCAAGUUCGCGGCGUACGUUGUCGGCAUCUCGUCAGGCGUUCGCAUCCACCAGUUGGAACGGUAUAUCUCGGCACCCCAGAAGGAUGAAGAGAUUCUGAUCCUCACGUCGGAGCGGUGGACCUUGGAGGUCUAUCGGACCAUCAUCGAGACGCUCCAGGGCAUUGCCUGGAUGCUCCUUGUGGUCUUUGUGGUGACGCUGGUGGCGUACGUAUUUGCAAGGGGCUUUGAGUUGAAACAUGUUCGCGCAUCUCAGGAGAGGAGCGGUGACAUGCCGGUCAACAGGCCCCAGUAA